GACAAACCUUUUUCCAACAGAGGUCGGCGUCCCGUACGCGUGUUGGUCGUUGACCAUCACUCAUGUUUGACCAAGAGCCAUCGCAACAGCCCGUGGAGGGAAGUUGACCUGAAGAACGUUGUGAAAAGGUCGAUGGAAUUUGCAGGCCAUUGCGGUCGGAGUACUCGUCAUUGUCGAAUUCACCAUGUCCACUCAGUUUCAAAUGCUGCCAGGAAGCCACCACGUCCGUACCUCCACCCCCUCGAUGAAGCACCUCCUCCUUGAGAGACUCACGCACCGCAUCACGGCCUUGUCCAGCGAAGCGCUCGAGGGAAUGUUACAGAUCGUGGCGUACUACGAGCCUCGAUGGAUUCUCGUGCAUGGCCAAAACGAGGAGCUCAAUUUGGAUCUCACGGCAUUGCAAGCUGACACGUUGCACGCUCUCGAGCAAUACGUCGCUUCUGUGAUCCGAUAAACACCUUUGACAAGCCUUCCUUCGACGAAACGAGAUAGUUGCUGACGGCAGCUACCACCAACGGGCAGCCGUUCAGCAGCUCGAUCCUGUGGCAAGAUUUCCCGCCCCUCCGAUGGCGCGCCAUUGCAACUGAAACACGGCACCAAGGUGCAAACCAAUGUCGGAGUCGCGUUGGCCCUAUUUUUAAUGCAUGAUAUAUCGUUGUAACGUGAAAUGCUGGUGGCAUGAC